AUGGCCAUUUCACCUCGUCUUAUUGAAUAUGGGUUGAAAGCUGCUGGGAUUAUCACUGCUGUUUUAUGCUUUUCAAUGGGAGUUGUUUGCAUGAUCUCCAUAUCAGCGCAGUGCAUUAUUGGUGGACUUUUCCUAAUUUUAAUUGGUAUAGUCGUCAUAAUAUUCGAAGCACCAAUAUGUUGUUCCAUGAUACCUCAAUUGCAUAAAUUCAAUGAAUUCAUUGAAAAACGAUCCCCGAUUGAAAAGUCGAUUUUCUAUGGAAUUGCAGCCAUUUUACCAAUGAGUUUAUGUUUUGGGAUUUCUACACUAUUUUGUGGAUUAGCUUUGGCUGGAUGUUGUGCAUUCAAUGUCUGGAGAAUUUUUAAAGAAAGACGCGAUGGACAAGCAAAUCCAGUUGGCGUUGGUUCUGACCAUCAUACUCAAUAUGCUGCAGGUGAAUCACAACCUUCAACGUUUCAAGGUGGAUAUGGUGGGCAACCAGGAUUUAGGGAUCAGUUAAUUGAAAAAGCUGCUGUCGGUGCUGUAAAAGGUGUGAUUAGUGGUCCUGGAAGUGGUGGUUAUCCAGGAACAGGUUAUUCCGUCAACACUCAACAUUUCAUGACACCAGUGAUGUCUUUUUCAAUCCGUACAUGGCUGAAGUCCACUAAAGUGUUAACGGUAUCACUUAUCUAUGGAAGUUUGCAUCUUUGAUAUACGUAAAAGGAUAAAGGUAGGUCAUUGUGAAGCCUCCGCACAAAAUUUAGUUCUUAAAAUGGUUUAUUAACUUUUACUAUCAGUCUUUAAAAUCUUGUGACCGUCUUUCCUAAGACUGAAAUCUCAGUUCAGAUUGAAUUAAUACAAAAUAUCUUAGGAAGCGUUACCCAGUUUGACUAACGUAUGUCUUGAUAUCAGUUAUUUUUGAUCAAACAACUAUAAUAUACAUGAUAAA